UGGUACUCGAAAAGGCCCUAGGAUAGUACGCCUAACGUCCUAAACGCAGCUCUCGGACGAGUCCGAUUCCCCGCGGUCGGCGUCGCCGGUUUCAAGUCUCUUCUACUUGCGUGGCGCGUCAUUCGAACGUCCGCUGCGAUGCACGCGUACGUCCUGACGGUCGAUUUUUUGUCGAGCGGCGUCCAAGUGGCCCGCCAUGGACAUCACCGCCGAUUCACCGGAUAUGCUCUCCCGACCGCCCGUGGGUUGACAUGUGGCGACGGACAACUGGUGGACUGCUUGAGGUGCGUCGCCGUGUGCGCGUGGGCCAGGCGCUUCUCUACCAGCAAUUUGGAGAUCUAUUCGCGAUCGCGCGCCGAUUUAGAUUUAGAGCCUCGCGCAGAGCAGCAGCUUGUGGGCUUGCAGACCGCCGAGACGGGUACCUUUCGACACGUGCUCUAA